AUGAACAGCGCAGUACAGGGGAAACCCGAUCCCUCAGUGGGAUAUUAUGAUCGCACUAUUCCCGGGCCGGACUAUCAGCCUUUGGCUCAGCAGGUCCUCGACGAUGGCCCUGAUCUUCUAAACACCCAACCAGAAUGUGGUAUCGGACAUCGAGUACAGGCAAGUCGAUCAGUACUGGCUCUGGUCAUAGAUGAUGAAUGUGUUUUUGCUGGGUUACAAGGAGGAGAUAUUGUGGCAUGGUCUCUCGAGACAUAUGACCUCGUGCUCUCUGUCCACGCUCAUCAAGAAAGUGUCCUGGGUCUUUAUCUGUCCGAGGACGGCGACCUUCUCUUCUCCAGUGGUGGAGAUUCCGUCAUAAAUAUCUGGUCCACGAGGACUUUUGAUCGACUAUAUUCGAUCCACUCUCACCACGACGUGGGCGAUAUCUUCUCCGUGGCAUACUCGUCUAGUCUAAAGACGAUCUACUGCGGAGGUCAAAACACCAGCAUCCAGUGGUGCGACCUCUCCAAAACAGAUGCAGUCUCGACUAAUCAGUCCGCCGCUCAUCUGUCGAAGCGCACGCACCGGUUCUUCGAUUCCCGGGGGCCCGACGGGUCACGCGCACCCCGGCCGGACGCGGGUGCUGAUGGCGUACGGGCAGUCAUCCAAGGAGGCCAAGUGCUGACCUUCAAGCGCGACCAUCACAAGCUCUUCUCGCAUCAUGGAUACAUCUACACGAUGCUUCUUGUCCGAGGCCUGCUUGAAUCAUCGCCUACGGAGGAGGUGCUUGUGACGGGCGCCGGCGACGGCGUGGUCAAGUUGUGGCGAUUGGACCAGGACGAGGCGCCGUCCGAAAUGGCAGCGCUCGAGAACAGGGAUCCGGUUCUUGCGCUGGCCGUCGAUGGAUCGUUUCUCUACUGUGGUCUUUCUGGGCUGGUGAAACGCAUCACCGGACAUACGGGUGACCUAUGGGCAGUCGAUAUCGUUCAGGGAUUGGUGGUUUGUGGUGACUCUAAUGGAGUCAUCAAGAAAUUUAAUUCUCGAUUUGAAGAAGUGGGCAGCUGGAUUGCUCACGGGGAACGAUGCUGGCGCAAUGACAAUACGGUGGGCAUCUGGGAUUUGACGGAGGUGUCUAGCAAGCAGGAUGAGCAGGCACCGAUCAAUAAUGACGAAAUGGUCAACUGCCUUGCUAGAUUCGUCACCUUCAAAACAGUUUCGGCCAGCCCGAAAUUCGCCGGAGAGUGCAACCAGGGAGCGGCAUUCCUCCGACGACACUGCAUCUACUUGGGGGCGAAGACGAAACUCCUGCCUACUGGACAAGACACGAAUCCGAUUGUGUACGCACGAUUCAGCGCCAACUCCCCGGAUAAAGUCGACAAAACUCUUCUGUUCUACGGCCACUACGAUGUUGUGGGUGCGGAUGCCAACCGAACGAAGUGGAACACGGAUCCGUACCAGCUGGCGUCUAUCGAUGGCUUUUUAUACGGCCGAGGAGUUUCGGAUAACAAAGGACCUAUCCUGGCUGCAUUGUAUGCGGCAGCAGAUCUUGCCCGGCAAAAGGCGCUUCCAUGUGACGUUGUUUUCCUUAUCGAGGGCGAGGAGGAGUCCGGGUCCCAAGGAUUUCACGAGACCGUCCGGCAACACAAGCCGGAAAUUGGACCGGUUGAUUGGAUUCUACUGGCCAACAGUUACUGGCUGGACGACUACAACCCCUGUUUGACGUACGGCCUGCGGGGGGUGGUGCAUGCCAAUCUGAUCGUCACUAGCGACCACCCGGAUCUGCACAGCGGUAUAGACGGAAGCGCAUUGCUCGAUGAGCCGUUGAAGGAUCUGUCGAUGCUGCUGGCCAGCUUGGUGGGGCCGAAAGGGCGGGUCAAUAUCCCAGGCUUCCAUGACCUGGUCCUUCCCUUGACGGAGGCGGAAAAGCAGCGAUUCGCGGAUGUGGCACGGAUCCUGCUCCCGCAGCACCCUGAAAUCACCGACCGCGACGCGCUCAUCAACUCGUUGAUGCACCGGUGGCGGGAGCCGUCUCUCACCAUCCAUUCGGUCGAGGUGCCUGGAAGCAGCAAGGCCGCGACGACGACCAUCUCGCGCAAAGCCAAAGCCAGUCUCUCGAUCCGAGUCGUCCCGAAUCAAGAGGCCGACGAGGUAGCCGCCAACCUCACCAUGUACGCGCAGGAGCAAUUCGACAAGCUGGAGUCGCAGAACGACCUCACGGUCGAAAUCACAGGCAAGUCGGAUCCCUGGCUAGGCGAUCCGGACAACGAGAUCUUUGCGACCCUCUCGGAAGCAAUCACUGCGGCGUGGAGCCGGGACCAGACCAGCCAGAAACAUCAGUAUCCGCCGCUGCAGCGUGUUUCCAAGGGCAAGGACACGCCGGGCCUCGCGCGCACCGACUCCUCGGACAGCCUGGCGUCGCACAUCGACCGCAUCAUCACGUCGACGACGACCUCGUCGGCAGGCAAGAGCAAGGCCCGUCAGCGCUCCUCCGCCCUCAGCAGGACGGUGCCCACCUCGUCCACGCUGACGAGCAAAUCGGGCGUGAUCGUUUCCCCAGACGCAAGCGGGGACUCUUCGCCCGCCGAGAAGCCUGCAGCCACUACCAUGGACCCAGUCGCUACCCGUUCAACCGUCCAGCCGAUCUUCAUCCGCGAGGGCGGAUCGAUCCCCACGAUCCGGUUCUUGGAAAAGGAGUUCUCAGCGCCGGCGGCCAAUCUACCCUGUGGGCAGGCGAGCGACAACGCGCAUCUGUACAAUGAGCGGUUGCGGGUGGAGAAUCUGUACAAGAGCCGGGAGAUCUUCCAGUAUGUGUUUUCGCGGUUGCCGAGGCGCCACCUUCCCAGUUAG